CCGCUGCCACUGCUGCGUCUGGUGCUCCCAGUGCGGCUGGCACUGCCAAUCCCUCUACUGGCACCUUGUUGUCUGGGUUUGGCGCUGCCGCUGCACGUUUCCCGUCUCCGCCCAGCAACACAGCAACAGCAGCACCCCUCUCCUCCAAGCCCUUGGGAACUGGCGCUUUUUCCUCCUUUAACCCAUCUGUUUCUGCUGCACCUUUCCCGUCUCCGUCGAGCAGCACAGCAACAGCAGCAUCCCUCUCCUGCAAGCCCUUGGGAACUGGCCCUUUUUCCUCCUUUAAACCAUCUGCUUCUGCUGCACCUUUCCCUUCUCCGCCCAGCAACACAGCAACAGCAACAUCCCUCUCCUUAA